UCUCUUCCUCUUCCUCUUCCUUUCUGCUACGACGCAAUUGUAUAGAUCUCUAGAAGUAAAUGGGGAAACACAUCAACACCGGUUUGGUCAGAAUAUUUCACCGUGAUCAAUCGGAAGUGGGGGACGCAAUUUAAUUAACAGAUCUCUCGAAGUAAAUGGGGAAGCACAUCAACACCGGUUUGGUCAGAAUAUUUGACUGUGAUCAAUCGGAAGCAGGGAACCGGUGGGACAGGUAGGUCUGGCAGGUGGCAACACUGGCAUUGGGAAAGCCACUGCUCUGGAGCUUGCCAGGAGGGGUGCAAGAAUAAUCAUGGCAUGCCGCAACCAAGAGAAAGCCGAACUUGCUAUAAGUGAUAUAAAAAGGGAGACAGGCAGCACUGAUGUGGUGUACAUGCAGUUGGACCUGGGGAGCCUUCAAGCAGUGCGUUCUUUCACCGAGACCUUCCUGAAGACCGAGGCUAGACUGGAUCUUCUCAUUAACAAUGCUGGUCUGGUGGCGGAUGGGCGCACUGCUGAUGGCUUUGGUAUUGAGUUUGGAGUCAACCACCUUGGCCACUUCCUGCUGACCUGUCUGUUGCUGGACCGCCUGAAGGAGGGCACUGGGGGCCGUGUAGUCACACUGGGCUCCAUGGCCUAUCGCUGGGGCAACAUCGACUUUGAUGCCCUUAUCACUAAUAAACACCUGGGCACUGGGAGGUACAGCUGGCAGUUCUUCCACGCAUACUGCAACAGUAAACUGUGCAAUGUUCUCUUCAACCACGAGCUGGCCAAGAGACUGAAGGGUACCAAUGUCACUUGCUACAGUGUUCACCCAGGAGUAGUGAAAACAGAGCUAUCCCGAAACUGCAGCCUGUGGCAGAGAUUCAUCAUUGAGCCAAUAGCUAGACUGUUGUUCCUGGAUCCAGAAUCCGGUGCCCAGACCACUCUCCACUGUGCCCUCCAGGAGGGUAUCGAGCCCCUGAGUGGACGCUACUUCUUCUGCUGUGCGCCGCAGGACGUGGUUGCCAAAGGCAAAGACGACGCUGUGGCCAAGAAGUUGUGGGAAGUUAGUGAACGGCUGAGUGGCCUGUUCUAGGAAAAAGGCACAUUGUUACACUGCUUUUGAUUUGGUGGUUUACAGAUCUGGGGGAAAAUGCUCAUUGAACACUCAUCAAAAUGGAUCAAUGUGACAAGAAACUGCUCAUACAUUAGCUGAUCUCCUUUUCACUAGAGCAUUGAUGUUGGUGACAUCCUGUUUGUGGUGUGUCUUGUAUUGACGAUGAUCAGUAUGUAGUAAGUGUGCCAGUUCAGUCUAAAGACUUAGGAAGCUCUUGUAAAAACUGUUUGACUUAUUAUAAUAAAGAUUCCAAGUGAUUGGGUUU